AUGACCAGCACCUUGAAUUCAGGUACGAACGUUGCGCCCGCCAAGCCGUGGGAGAAUCGACCGAUUGCUGCUGCUCAAACAGAUGGCAAUGCAUCUGUUGGUGUUACUCCUCAGUCUACAGUCUCCAUGGCUCCUUCUCGAUUACUUCCUAGUAACAAUAAUAUCGCAGCUCCAUCUACUUCGACUUAUGGAGUCGCAACGGCGUCUCCGUAUGGAGCUUCAGGGUACGGAGCUUCAGGGUACGGAGCUUCAGGGUACGGAGCUUCAGGGUACGGAGCAUUGGGGUACGGGGCUACGGGGUACGGAGGAGGUUAUGGUGGAGGUUACGGAGGGAUGAGCUCCUACGGUGGACUUGGAGGGCAGGGGAGUGGCUAUGGAGGUGGUUAUGGCAGUGGCUAUUGCAGUGGUUACGGAGGCAUGUCGUCGAGAAUGGGGUACAGCAAUAUGGGCAUGAUGGACCCGAAUGCUGGAAGUCUCGGUUGGCUCUCGAGUUUUAACCAAAUUGUCAGCUCCAUUGGCCAUAUUACGGAACUAUUGGGGAUGAACGCAGAGGCACUCAACUUUUGCAUUGGGAGCUUUGUCCAUUUUCUGGAGCGGAUAGGAGCCAUGUGCGCUGGCACUGCAGCCAUGUUGGCACCUCGUCCGGUCUUCCCGCCUGGCCACCCACGACAUGGCGAACCACCAGUGACUGAAGAGGAAGAGAAGAGUCGGAAACGCCGAGUACGCAUUUUUCAGUUCAUGGUGAGCAUGACGGCACUUGCGCUGCUGUCUAAAGGAUUGCGGUGGCUUGCGAGGCUACGGCUCAAGACGCCGCAUAAGCUACUAGUCGCGCCACCAUCCGACGGUAUUGGCCAAGAUCUGGAGCAUAUUUUCCAGCGUACAGUGGGCGUCACACGCUUGUGA